GUCGCGCAACACGACGUGCCCGCCCUGAUACGCAGGCGACAACGUGCUUGAAAAGUUGACGUGUUUGACUCACGCAGUGAUUCGUCAUUCAAUGAACGAGAGUGCAGUCGAUGCUAAUCUGCAAACAUUCACCACGGCAUUGGGAAGCUCUUCAGUCCAUCGCAAUCAUGGCCACCCCCUCUGCUUUGAAUCAGGCCCACAUCGAUGCCUUCUACGAUUACAUUGGUUUCCCAGCGAGCCUGCGGCAACAUCAGCCGCUGCAAGAUCCAGCAGAAGAUAUCCAUUUCCUCACGCAGCUUCAUGUUCACAUGAUUGCCGCAAUACCGUACGAUAAUCUCUGGCUGCACUACAAUCCCACCCACAGAGUCGACAUCACCGCUCUCGGCAACUUCGACAAGACCGUCAAGCAAGCUCGCGGCCGUGGUAGCUACUGCAUGGGCAACCAUGUCCUUCUCAACCACGUCCUCCGGUUCCUGAAAUUCCCAGUCUACCUUGGUCCAGCCCGUACCAGGCCGCGAAUCGACUCUGUUCCCACAGGGGAGUUUCCUGGCUGGAUCCACCUCGUGAACAUCAUCACGCUGUCCGACGGCCAGGUAUGGACGAUGGAUGUUGGCUUCGGUGGUGACGGCCCUACGAAACCCAUGCCGCUCGUUCACAACAAGCCGCAGGUCAAUCUCGGUGGCCAGGAAGUUCGUCUGAUCCAUGACUGGAUCCCUACGCAACUGCACCGCACAGAAGCUAGUAGGCUCUGGAUCUACGAGUACCGUAAUGGGAAAGACAUGCCUUGGAACUCAUUCUACGCUUUCUCAGAGACAGAGGCGAUGGAGGCUGACUUUCAUGUCAUCAAUCACUUCACGGGAACGUCGCCUGAUAGUCAACACACGGUCACUCAGCUGCUGGUCAAGUUCUUGAGAAGAGAGAAGGAGGAUGGAUCCGGUGACCAGGAGAUCUAUGGAAAGCGCAUGCUGGUCAAUGCGGUUGUGAAAGAGAAUCUUGGUGGUAAGACGAAGAUUGUGGAGGAAUGCAAGACGGAGGCAACCCGUAUUAGAGUGCUGAAGGAGUGGUUCGGCAUAACUCUGACGGAGGAAGAGAAGCAGGCCAUCAAGGGGACAGUCACAGAGCUGAAGUAGUCUUCGGUGCCUUCGAUAUUCUGGGUCCCCUUCGCAAUAGAGUGACACUAACUACAUAGACAUUUUCCGUACAGGAUUGAUAAGUGAAAUCUCAAUUGUCUAUUAGCGCCAGCAUCUCC